AUGUUUAUUGAUAAGGACCUGAAAGACGUACUAAUGCUGGCCUGCAUUUCUCGUGUAUUCUACAUAUCGAUUUCAUGCGUCGCAUCCAUUUUGAUUCCUCCGUUCGACAAGUCCACGGAACUUGUUCAGACAAACUCUUGCAUGAAGUUUUUGCUAUCAUGGGAUGCUGUCCAUUUCCUCGAAAUAAUGAAAAAUGGCUAUGCAAAGAUACACGAAACUGCAUUCUUUCCAUUCCUUCCAUAUGUGUCGCGUGCAGUUAAUAAAGUGCUCAGGAUAGAACCAUACACUACUGGCGUGCUUGUUUCCUGCAUUGCAACCAUCUUGAGUUCAGGCGUGCUAUAUAAGAUAACACUCAAACGAUACGGCUCAACCAUUGCAAAAAUUAGCGUUGUUUUGUUCAUCUUCAAUCCUGCAUCAAUUGUGUAUACAGCAAUGUAUUCAGAAUCGUUGUUUAUGCUAGCUUUUGUUCUUGGAAUGCACUUUCUGGAAGAAAACAAUGCAUUUCAUGGAACCGCAAUGCUUUCAUUAUGCGGGUUGUGUAGGUCAAAUGCAGUUUUGUUUGCUCCGUUUGUAUUAUUUCCCUUGGAUAGAUUUUCUAUAAUGAGAACUGCAUUCUUUCUACUUCCAUUGGCUACAUUCCAGUACUACUCGCUUCUCAUUAUCAACAAGGCAAAGAAUACAUAUAGAAUAUUUGUGCCGUAUUCGUAUGUCCAAAAAACGUAUUGGGAGCAGGGGCUGUUCAAAUUCUUCACUAGCAACAACAUUCCAAACAUUAUUCUUGGAACUCCAUUCUUGGCAAUUUCAACAUAUAUACUCUUUGAGUACUGGAAUGGCAGGCUAGAUGCCAACAAAAGUGCCGCUAGGCUUCAUAAUAAUAGUGUGUAUGCACGCAACACUCGGCUUCUGGCCAUUAUACUCUUUGCACAGACACUGAUCGCUGUAUUUCUAAUUCAUUGGAACAUGUAUUUUAGGUUCAUUUCGUUCAAUCCACUGCUGUACUGGAUUCUGGCUGAAAAGUACAACACAAUGCAGAGCAAAAUACUACGGAGACUACUGUUCAGGUUCUUUUUUGGAUUCGGGCUUAUCUACGCACUUCUUUUUGGAUGCUUUUAUCCACCAGCUUAA